AUUGUACAUUUUGGAGCGUCAAUGCAAGUUAGCCUUACUUAUCGCCGCUUUGGUAGCGAAAUUCUUGUGGCCCGAUUAAACUACGCCUUCGAUCAUCAAAUUCAAAUUUUGCAUUCACAUUCUUGGGUGAAUUUGGGACUGGGAACGGGCAACACCAACCACAGUUGAGAUCAAAAACCGGAAGAAUUCGGCAGCAGUUGCAGUUUCCCCCCUCCCCCAGACCGGUAAAAUUGCGAGCUCAGGAACAUAGGGGGCCCAUUUCAGUAAGCUGGAAUUUGGAAAAAUAAUAUCAAUUAUCCACCAGUUCCCUCUUGUUUUGCUCUGAAACAGCUUGCUGGGCCGCAUGGUGGAGGAGUAUAAACAAUGACCCGCCAUGUGAAUUCCUCAAAUUUCAUGCUUCGUUUUGUUCUGCUGAUGCUCUGAGAGGAAAGAAAGGAGAAUUGAAGGCGAAAUGAUGAUGGAGUUGUCGGCGAUGACAAUGGACGACGCUGUGGAAGAAAUAAUGAGAAUCCACAGAUUGUUGCCAAUCCGGCCCGGAAUCGAUGAAGUAGUUGCAGCAAGGACUCUAAUCCAGAAUGUAGAGAAGGAGGAUCAAUUGAGACUCGAGGCAAUUGCUAAGCAAAGUAAAGGCAAAGAUGUGCCGGAAGAAUUGUUCAGAAUCUUGCAAGAGAUGCACAAGAACAUAAUCCAUUUCCAGAGCAAGGAGCAAAAAAGGGAUGCAGAGAAACUGUUGGAUCUCGAAGGCGUACACUUGGCGUUCGAUGAUUUGAUCCAGAGAGCUUCACAAUGCUUACAACCCAAUACGGGUUCUCAAAGUUCAGCAUCGAGGUGUUCAAGCAGUUCGUCCGUGGCAACCACGGGUUCUUUCUGGACCAAAAGUCCGAAUUCUACUGUCACAACAACUACUAAAUCGCCAGUGUCAUCUGUUUUUCCUAAUGAGAAGGAGAUUUUGAAGGCUUCAAAGGCCUUGUCAACCAAGGACGACACAUUUUUGACUAAGCCAAAAACGUCCUUUUUUGUAGAUGGAGUUGGUCUUGGGGUUCGAUCUAGGGAUGCUGCGGCUGCGCCACAGAUUGUGGAUUCCACUCUUAAGCCGACCUUUACAUCCGGGCAAGAUGAUGACAAACUGAGUUUAAUAAAGCUGGCUAGUCUCAUUGAAGUGUCGGCAAAGAAAGGAACUCAAGAGCUUAUUCUCCAGGGUAAAUUAUCAGAUCAGAUUGAAUGGCUUCCUGAUUCAAUAGGGAAACUCUCAAGUUUGAUCACGUUCGAUGUAUCAGAAAAUAAGAUUGCGAUCUUACCGGAUGCUCUUGGAGGACUUUUCUCAUUACAAACUUUGGAUUUACAUGGAAACAGGAUACAAGAAUUGCCAGAAUCAAUUUCGGGUUUGGUUAACUUGCUUCAUCUCGAUCUCAGAGGAAACCAGUUGACAGCAUUGCCAGCUACCAUUGGUAAGUUGGUUCGUCUUCAGGAGCUUAAUUUGAGCUCUAAUGGACUCACAGCGCUUCCCGAGACGAUUGGAUCGCUCGUCUGUCUCCAGAAAUUGAAUAUCGAAACUAAUGAGAUAGAGGAAAUCCCUCAUAGUAUCGGUCGAUGUACUUCACUCAAGGAGCUUCAUGCAGACUAUAAUCGGCUCAAAGCACUCCCUGAAGCAGUAGGACGAAUUGAAUCUUUGGAGAUUCUAACAUUGCGUUACAAUAACAUUAAACAACUGCCCACGACGAUGGCAUCCUUGUCAAGCUUAAGGGAACUUGAUGUUAGUUUUAAUGAGCUUGAAACCAUUCCUGAGAGCUUGUGUUUCGCUACAACACUUGUAAAGCUUGAUGUGAGCAACAAUUUUGCGGACUUGCAAUCCCUGCCAAGGUCCAUUGGAAACCUUGAGAUGCUGGAGGAGUUGUUUUGCCAUAAUAACCAGAUAAGAGUCCUUCCAGACUCUUUUGGAAUGCUAACUCGACUGGGUGUCUUGAAUGUUGAAGGAAAUCCUUUGAUAGAGCCACCAAGAGAUGUAAUUGACAAAGGAGCUCAGGCUGUUGUCAGUUACAUGGCCGAUCGUGUUGCCCAGAAGGACACAAAGCCACAGGCAGCCAAACAAAAGAAAUCUUGGGCCCAGAAACUGUUCUUUACAAACUCUAACAAACGCAAGCGCAAUACCGUGGAAAUUGCAAAAGCCUAGUGUGAAGCAUCUCGGGAAAAUCUCUAAAUUUGGUUCUUUGGGAGCUAGCGAAGAUUGGUGCUUCAGCAACCUCCCAGUUUUGCCAAAUUCAUGUCUCGACGGAGAGUAUCUACUCAGAUAUGACUCUGAUCCUUUUUAACAUAUUGUAGAUUAAUCAUUUUUUCUUUUACUUUUGGUCAUCUAGUGUUGUCUUCUGCAUUUUGUCUAAGAAUCUGAAACGAGAUGUGCACUUGAUACAACACGCUAAAACGAGAAAGAAAGAAGUAUUUACCACUGUUAUUGGUGCCAGAAUUGCCAUGAGAUACUUGAUUCAUGUUAUAUAUAUAUCAUUAUAACCUAUCUGUCUUCUCAUCAA